AAAGGUUGAAUGGGCACCCCACUAAACCCAAGUGGCAGAAAAUACCUAAACCCCACAUCAUGUUUUGAUAGCUUCAACAAACCAGGCAGCCUCAGAACGCGCUAGCUUGCAAUCCAGCAAAGAUCUAGCCAGCACGUCGCAGAACCGCGACAUGCCAGCCCUAGCCAUGGGUAGCAGCGUGCCCCCCAUUGACCGGAUCAGCUCGCACUCGGACGAGUCGAUCGAGGAGCGAUGCUUUUCCGGCUGCCUCAUCUGCCUCGAGGGGCACUACACCGAGGCCCCCGCCAUGGGCCCUCUCACGGCCGCCAAGGUCACGAGCAUGGUAUCGAGGACUCUUGAGAAGACUCACACCUACAAAGACGUUCGCGAGGCUCUGUCCAAAAAUGUGGGCAUCUGGAUGUACCUCACCAAGAUCUUCGCCUCGGCGGUCCCGCACCUGAGCAAGCGCUCUGUCGGGCCGCUCGGCGGGUCCAACGACCCGGGCAAGGGCGUCGACUCGGGGGACAGCACCUCGCUCAUCCUCAAGCACUACGCCACGCUCAAGGAGGACCUGCAGGUCCUCAACAAGCUGAUGCACAUUGCCCGCAACCUGCUGGUCACGUCGGAGCCCGAGGUGCCCCAGGACAUCUGCGCAGCCGUGCACUUUGACCAGAUGGUCUACCAGACAAUCAUCCUCUGCGUCAACGUCACCAGCAAGGGCUACGACGUCGAGGGUCUCGACGACGUCUGCAAGAUGAAGCUGACCGAGAUCACGGAGCUCUACAAAAAGCUGAUGGUCACCUCGCUGCAGCAGGCCCACAACUGGACGGCCAAGAACGACCGCAACAAGAUGUCCUUCUGGUUUGACGUGCUGUUCGACGACGACUCCACGGCCGAUGACGACGAGACGGGCUUCCGUCUCGAAGUCGCAAAGACCGAGGUCUCCAACUGGCUUGAGCGGAACUCUACCAUGUGUGACAAGGCCAGAAAACUGCUUAGGGAGUACGCCGAGGUGCAGGCCCAAGGGCACCGGCCGCCCGGCCCUCUGCCUCCCAUCUCACCACUGGCUUGGAAUUGGCUUCCGGGAGGCGACACAAAGUCGCGAGCCGUCGUCCCUCCGCCGUCCACCGAGCCCGUCUGGGUCGAGAAGGAGACGGACAAGUUCGAGCAAGACAAGGCCUACGGGCGCGUGUCCCACGAGAUCGACAUGUGGUGGACCAAGGCCCGCGACGAGAACUACUGCGAGUGGAAGGUGCCCAUGCCGUCGGUCGAGUUUGCCCAGAAGCGGGCUGAGGCUUGUAAGACCAGCCUCCUCCAGCAUUACACGUCAUAUCGUGAGGGCGACUUCGACGACGAGGACGGCGACAUGUACGAAGGGGAGAUUGUCGACGGCGAAUUCGAGGGUAGCAUUCAAGGCCCCGCACACGAUGGGGCGCCUAGGCAUGGGUCGCGCAGUCUCGUGCAGGGCUACGUCGAGGACAUGAACGAGGGGGCCGAGGAGGAUGAAGACGACGAGGAAGAGGAGGAUGAUGUGGACGAUGCCGAGUCGUACGGUGACGGGCCAAUGACUGGUCUCCUCACCGAGAUCCCCAACAUCCUGGACCCCAAGCAGAUCGAGGCGCUGCACAUGAUUGUCAAGUCAUGCAUAGUUGACACGGUUAACAGCCUUGCACCCUACGAGAACCGCCAGCGGACGAGAUGCCGCAUGUUCAUUGCGCUCGAGUGCGGCAAGAGCCUGCUGCGCGAGAUGCUGGUCUUCAUCGCUGUCUGGGAGAAGGACGAGGCAUCGCUGAUCUUCCAGAUCACGAUGCAGAUCGUCGAGGCCCUGCACCACAAUGCUCUGCUGCCCUACACAUGGAAAGCUCUGCGCAUCCCCAAAGACAUCACCUCACCAGCACAGACGGUGCUGCUGCGUCUUAUCAAUCACAUGUACCGCACAUGUCCAAAGGGCCCGAUCGCGAACGAGUCGCCCGCCGAGAAGCACGUGGCCGAGAACCGCGUCAAAUUGCUGCAUUUCCUCUUCAGUAAUUUCCGCAGUCGCAUCGUGCCCGAGUGUCUUGCGUUGAUGGUGAUACAAGCACACAUCCGCGAAGGAGUCAUAUAUGAGGCCGACUUCCCGGUCGAUAAUUGGGAUAUGGAACGUGCCAAGGACGGGCUCGCCCAGUUCCUUGACUUCCUUAUCACGGCCGCCGAGGACCACGAGCUGCGAAGCCGCCUGAUCGAGUGGGACGCCACAUACGAGCUAGUUACUCUCCUGAGAAACCUCGAGAGGGCCGUCGAGAAGAAGCCGCUGGUGUCAGCCCCACCGCCGAGGAACAAUGGCGGUGAUGCCCAGUCCGCCGCGGCUGCCGCCAACACCAGCGGCGCCCCAUCACCCCCACCGCCAACAGCAGUGCCGGGCUUCCCCCGCGCCCCGUACCCUUUCGAGGAUGGAGACGAACAUCUUCCGCCCCCGCCGCCUCCACCUCCGCCGUGCGCGCCGCCCGGACAGGAGCCUGCUCACAAGUAUCCCUGGCCCGAGGUCAAGUGCCAGGUUCUCGCUCUCCUGGCUUCGCUACUGCAACCUGCGCCCGGAAAGACCUCGCCCGGUAACGAGACGGUCCAGAGGAAGGUGGUUCAGUACAACGGCAUGCCUGCGCUGUUGAACUCGAGUCUUUACGACGAUCACAACAGGUUUGCGCGCGAGCGUGUCCAGCUAUGUCUCAAGUGGCUGCUUGACGGCGGCGUUGAGGCAAAUCAGUUCGUCAAUAACCUCGUCAAAGUGAAGGAGGCCGAGGAGGCCAAGGCCGGCGCCGGCCCAAGCUCUGGAUCAGGUCAGGCUCCCAGCGCGACACGAGCCGGACCUUCAACGGCUGCCAAACCUGGCCCUUCUGGCAAGCCCAAGCCCGGUGAGGUCACCACGGUUAGGAUUGACGGUGUCGAGGGUGAGGUCAAAGUCAAGAUCCAAGCCCCUUCGUCGAACAACCCCUCUCAAGCCCACACUGGCGGUGAUAGGAGCGCGGAAUCGAGUACCGCCGCGACUACUGCUCCCGCUCCUAGCAGUAGCUCCACGAUAACACCUCAUCGUCCGUCCCCGCCGGUCCCCACCACCGCUGGUGCUGCCGCGGCUGGUGCUGGGGGUGCCACCCCCGCAGGUCCGCAACGCGCGCCAACUGAUGCCGAUAGAGAGUACAUGAAUAAGCUGAGCGAAGCGAUAGAAUCGCUUGUGCUCCCCGGUCUCCACAACAUCGGAGGGCAGAACGCGGCCCAGGUGGCGGGGAUCCUGCCCGGGCCUGGCGAGAUGCCACAGGGGGUGGCGGCGGAGCAAGGGGCGGCGCUACUCCUCGAGAGCAUGAUUGGGCUGUACCAAAUGGGAGCGCAGCAGCGCGGCAUCCAGGUCGAGGUGCCCGAGGAGUGGCGUCGGCUGCUGCGCGACGGCUGGGAGGCGCGCAUCCCGACCGUGUCCGAGUGGCUCCGCCAGCGCGUCCUCGAGUUUGAGGCCCGCAUCCCUGAGGAGUUCCUCCGCCGCGUCGAGGAGCAGCACGAUGCUCGGGCUAGGAGCCAGUCCGAUGGAGGCGGUAGGGGCUAGAGGCCCCCCAACCUGUGGACCUCCCACAUGUCGCCCCAAAGCGCUGCGGACCGGGAUGACCGAACCAAGACGACGUUCAACGGGCUUGGUCUGAGGGAUGCGUUCCGCCGGCUUCGUGGCCAACUUCCGAGGAAGCAGCAGCGAACAGCCCAACGUGACGGACGGACGGGGUAGAAGUCGGAAACCAUGCGCCGGGCUUCGCGAAAGCUGUCUCUUUGGGCGGAUACACUGCUUUAUAUAUAUAUAUAUCUGUAAUUCCUACUUUACAUCCAUUGUCAUCAUCGUGCCCACAACAUCGGCAUUUGAUCGCUUUUAUAUUCUACCACUAGGGAUACUAAUAUGAGCCCGUUGCCGUCAAUCUCCAGCAGUGAGGAGACAAUCUUUGAGCAAGCGAGGAAGAAACCGAGGACGAAAGAGUGGGACAGCAGAGUUUAGGUGG